AGGAGGGUGCACUUUUACUAGGCGACAAGUGUCCCCAGCAACCAGUGUCUCCUGUACCAGCAGAAGCUCGGGAACUCUCACCCCCUUGCCUGCCUCUGCCGCGCCUUUGCCCACUGACCAGCCAUGAGAAGGCAGCUCCGGUCCAGAAGGGCUCCGGCCUCUCCUUAUGGUUAUCGCUACAGACUUGAUGAUCAGGAUGAAGUAAACCAGAACUACUUGGCAGAUGAAGAGGAAGAAGCGGAAGAAGAGGCUCGGGUGAUGGUGGUACCCGAUUUGGAGGAGGAGGAGGAGGAAGAAGGACAGGAGGAGGAAGAGGAGGAGAUAGAAGAGGAAAAGGAGGAGGAAGAGGGUCAGGGUCUGCCAACAGGCAAUGCCUGGUGGCAGAAAUUGCAGACCGUAAGCGAAUACCUGUGGGAUCCGGAGAAAAGGAUGUCUCUGGCCCGAACAGGUCAGAGUUGGAGCCUGAUCUUAGUCAUUUACUUCUUCUUCUAUGCCUCCCUGGCUGCUGUGAUUACCCUCUGCAUGUACACGCUAUUUCUGACCAUCAGUCCUUACAUGCCGACCUUCACCGAGAGGGUGAAGCCUCCUGGAGUGAUGAUCAGACCCUUCGCCCAUAGCCUUAACUUCAACUUCAACGUUUCUGAACCUGACACUUGGCAGCAUUAUGUCAUUAGCCUAAAUGGCUUUCUCCAGGGUUACAAUGACAGUCUUCAAGAGGAAAUGAAUGUGGAUUGUCCCCCGGGGCAGUACUUCAUCCAAGAUGGCGACGAGGAUGAAGACAAGAAGGCCUGCCAGUUUAAGCGCUCCUUCCUGAAGAACUGCUCGGGCUUGGAGGACCCUACUUUUGGCUACUCUACUGGACAGCCCUGCAUCCUUCUAAAGAUGAACCGGAUUGUAGGCUUCCGUCCUGAACUUGGAGAUCCUGUGAAGGUUUCCUGCAAAGUUCAGAGAGGUGAUGAAAAUGACAUCCGAUCCAUCAAUUACUACCCAGAGUCGGCUUCUUUUGACCUUCGCUACUACCCUUACUACGGCAAACUGACUCACGUUAACUACACCUCCCCACUGGUGGCCAUGCACUUUACAGACGUGGUGAAGAACCAGGCGGUGCCCGUGCAGUGCCAACUGAAGGGCAAGGGCAUCAUAAAUGAUGUCAUCAAUGAUCGUUUUGUGGGGAGGGUAAUCUUUACUCUGAACAUAGAAACCUAAGAACUUCAGGGGCCACUUCCGCUAGUUCUGUUCCUGUUCUAUUUCAUGGACCCCUGGUAGUUCCUGAAUUCUUUUUCUUCAAUCAGGACACAGCCAGACGGACACUUAAGACAGCAGAUGAUCUUUCCUUGCCUUUGACAUAUGUGUAAAAUGACAUUGUGGCAUUGAUUUUUUAAAGGUAGUCUCUCCUGAUGACAAAUAGAUUCUAUUAAUUUCCUCCCCCCGCCCCCACUUAAACGAAAACCGUUCUUGCUGCUACAAGCCUCUCACCGUAGUGUAAACAUAGUGUCUGAUAACAUUCACAAGGGCCAUGAAGGAGACUUUCUAUGAUGGUUUGAAAUUCAUCGUGUUUUGUAAGAUUCUGUUGUUUUGAGAGGUGAGAUUCCUCCCAACCAGGCUGAUAACUAACCUUUUUUUUUGUUUGUUUGUUUUUGUCUUAACCUGCCUGGCAAGUUCCUUCCCUGGGAAUCGCCGAUCAGACCAACCCAGAAUACACCUAGGGCUACCAGGCCUAGAGAACUCUAUACCCAAGGGUGCUUGAGGGACUGGCUGUCUCAAAUGGGCAACUAAAACAAAUACUGAUUUGAAGACUAGGUUAUCUUCAAGUGGGACAGAAAGCAGUGCUAACUGGAUAUCGUUCUGGAAUAGAAACGAAGACCUUUCCUAUGACUUUUUUGGGAGGCGGGGUCCAUAGCGACUGGGGAGAAUACCUACCAUGUGGAUGUGACCGGUAUUUGAUUCCUUGCUCUGUGGUGUCAUCAUCCAAAGGCCAACAUCCUUGCAUGCAGGUCUGCCUCGGCUUCAGGGAAAGGAAAAAACAAGGAAGAUUUCCGCCAGCGAAUUAUUCUUGGGCUGUCUGCUUGACAGUACUAUAAUGUUCUUUGAGAACAUCGGGGAUGGGCGUGUUGACCCCCGGCUACAGCCCUGGGGAUUGAAAUCAUGGUCUGCCAACUGAUACAUGGCGAGACAGAGAGCUCCUGCCGGGUCACCCUAAAUCCAAGGCCCGUUGCUAGCGUUCCAUUUGGC